UUCCACAGCCGCAUUGGAAAAUAAGUUAUAUUUUUGUUUAUAUUGAAUAAAGUUACUAAGAGUAGUUUUCCUAGCCAUGCAGCGUGGUAAGAUCUCCUUCGGGAAGAUCCAACUGAAUGUCAACAAGGCGCCGGCAUUACCAAAAGAAAAUGCGGAAGGGGAGGCGAAGCAAUCCUCUGAAGAAAGUGGCAGCAGCGGAGGAUUCAAGAAAAUGGACAAGCAGCAGAUGAUUCGCCAGAUUGAGGACGUAGCUGAAGAUCUUGAGAGCCAGCACUUAAAAGAAGUAAUGGGCAUCAGUGGAUUUGGCCGGAAGGCCGCAAAAACAUUUGACAUCAGCGAGCAAAUCGCCAAGGCGCGAGUCACACGGCCAGGACUUGAAAAGAAGGAAGAAUCUGACACAAAAACAGAGGAAAAGGAGGAUGAUGAGGAUGUUAUCGGACCCUUACCACCUGCAGCAGCCGAUGAGAAAGAAAAACCCACAACAGAAACCACCAAAAAGGAGAACGACUCUUCCGAUGAGGAUGACUCCUCUGACGAGGAUUCCGAUGACGAAAAAACUCUCGCCAAGCGGAUACCCUACACCCACGAGGUAAAGAUGCAGCACGGAUCGAGAGCUGUGUUGGCACUCGCCGGAGAUCCGUCGGGCGCCCGUUUGGUCUCCGGCUCCAUUGACUACGACAUGUGUUUCUGGGACUUUGCCGGCAUGGACUCUGGUAUGCGGAGCUUCAGACAACUGCAGCCCUGCGAGAAUCAUCCGAUUCGUUCCCUCCAAUACUCAGUUACUGGUGACAUGAUUCUGGUCAUCUCAGGAAAUGCUCAAGCGAAGAUUCUGGAUCGCGAUGGAUUUGAGAAACUGGAGUGCUGCAAGGGUGAUCAGUAUAUAUCGGACAUGUCGCGCACAAAGGGUCAUGUGGCGCAGCUAACCUCCGGCUGCUGGCAUCCCUUUAAUCGGGAGCAAUUCCUCACGGCAGCCCUGGAUGGUACUCUUCGCAUCUGGGAAGGAUUAAAGGCCAAGGAGCAGUUGCAAGUCAUUAAGACUAGAGCCCAGGGCGGUCUGAGAACAAACGCCUCCUCUUGCAACUACAACAGGGACGCCACACUGAUAGCAGCUGGUUGUGUGGAUGGUUCCAUACAGACGUGGGACACGCGGAAGAUGUUCGUUAGCACCACCCAUUGCGUUCGUGGAGCCCAUCAGAAGGGCUCGGAGAUCACAUCCAUAGUGUUCUCGUACAUGGGCCAGCAACUGGCAACCAGAAGCAACGACGAGACCAUGAAGCUGUGGGACCUGCGCCAGUUCAAGCAACCACUGUACACCUGGACGAAUCUGUUCUCUCGCUACGACACCACAGACUGCUGCUUCAGUCCGGAUGAUAGGAUGCUGGUCACUGGCGAAUCGCUGCCCAAAGGUCAGACCGAGGCAAAUCUUUAUUUCUACAGCACCAAGAGCUUCGAGGAGGUUCAGCGCAUCCCCGUUUCCAACUCACACAUCAUAAAGACCCUCUGGCAUCCGAAACUCAACCAGCUCUUCGUCAGCAGCGGAAACGGAAUCAUUAAGUGCUACUACGACGAGCAGCGCAGCAUCCGUGGCGCCAAGUUGUGCAUUGUGAAGACGCAUCGCAAGCGGCAGCAGAUGGAAAUGGUGCAGGUGUCUCAGAUCAUUACUCCGCAUUCCCUGCAUCUCUUCCGGGAUGAGAAGACGCGCUCCUCGCGCAAGAAGAUGGAGAAGGCUCGCAUGGAUCCCGUCAAAUCGAAACGACCAGAUUUACCCAUCACCAGUGGUCAGGGUGGACGAGUCGCCAGCUCGGGUGGCACUCUCUCUUCAUAUGUCAUCCGGAAUCUGGGCUUGAGUAAGCGUGUUGAUGACGACCAGGAUCCCAGGGAGGCCAUUCUAAAGUUUGCCAAGGACGCAGCCGAAAAUCCAUACUGGAUAGCUCCUGCCUACAAGCAAACCCAACCGAAAGCUAUCUUCUCCGAGGAGGUUGCCUCAGAUGAGCCGGCCUCCAAGAAGCCCAAGUCCGAGGGGAGUAAAUAAAUAAACUUUGAACUGCUUAG